AUGCCACCAACACACACCAAGUCCGUCGACAACGCAGACGCUAGAACCACCACGCCCGCAUCCCCAGCCGCAUGCACGAAGAACCACCGCCGCGUCUCCGCCAUGGAGUACGCCAGACGCCUCCUGAGCCACGUCUCCACCUCGCUGGCCUCGCUCGUGCACUACCGCGGCCGCCGUGCCGCAGCCCCUGUAGCCCCUGUAGCAGCAGCAGCAGCAGCAGCCCCGUCAUCACCACUUCCGACGUCGUCAACAAGUCCGGCACCAACAGGCAUCUUCACGCCGGACCACUACCCUGACAUUCCGGACGUCGAUCUCCUGACCUGGACGUUUGCAAACGUGGACCGCUUCCCGGAUCGCCAGAUAUACAUCGACGCCGCCGAUCCCACCAACGCCCUCACCGCGCGCGACGUCCUGCUGUGCGUACGACAACUAAUCGCCGGCUUCAAGGCCCGCGGCAUCACGCCCGGCGACAACAUCUGCGUGCUCUCCUUCAACAACAUCCUCUACUCCCCACUCUACCUCGCCAUCAUCGGCGCAGGCGGCUGCGUCGUCGGCGCAAACCCCGCCUACGGCCACACCGAGCUCAAACACAUCCUCGCCGUCUCCGCCGUCCGCACCGUCCUCGUCCAGCCCGAACUCCUGCCCAAACUGCUGCCCGCCGCGCGCGAAUGCGGGAUUGCAGACGCCAACAUUCUCGUCUUCGACACUGACAAGAAGAACAACAACACAUCAUCCACAUCCCCCUUCCAAUCAUGGACCACCCUCCUCACCCACGGCGAAUCAGACUGGGUCCGCUUCCCCUCCACAUCCGCAUCCGCAUCGAAAGCAAAAUCAAAAUCCACCCCCGCAUCCCUAAUGUCCACCUCCGGCACAACCGGCCUCCCGAAAGCAGCCCUCAUCUCGCACCACGCCCACGUAGCCCAGUCCAUCCUCCUCCACUCCUCCGUCUCCACCCCCCUCAAACCCUACCCCAUCCGCCGCCUCCUCUGCCUCCCGCAAUUCCACGCCUUUGCCGCCCCGCUCUUCCACUGCGCGCCCCUGCGCGACGGCCACACAACAUACAUCAUGAAGCGGUACUACCGCGAGGCGUUUGUGCGGUAUCUUGGUGCGUAUGGGAUUACGGAGACGGCGGUUGUGCCGCCGAUUGUGCGUGAUCUUGUCGGUGUUGCCGGGGGGAGGGAGCAAAAGGGGGUGUUGGAGGGGUUGAGGUUUGUGUGGUGUGCGGGGGCGGCGCUGUCGGGGGGGGCGCAGAGGGGGUUGUGUGGGGUUUUACAUGCGGAGGCGGUGGUGGCGCAGGUGUGGGGGUUGAGUGAGAUGGGGUGGAUUACGACGUUUGGGUUUGCGGAGAGGGAUGGGAGUGGGAGUGUCGGGCGGUUGUUGCCUGGGAUGGAGGCGCGGGUUGUGUGUUUUGGGGGGGAUGGUGGGGAGGGGGGUGUGGAAGGGGGAGAGGGAGGAGAGGGAGGUGAAGGAGAAUGGUGGGGAGGGGGAAAAGUGGUUACGGAGGAUAACGUCCGGGGCGAGAUCUUCGUGCGUGGCCCCUCGAUUAUGAAUGGCUAUUUGGGGAAUGAUGCUGCGACUCGGGAGACGAUUCUCGAGGGUGGGUGGUUGCGCACGGGGGACAUCGGGUUUGUGGAGAAGGGGAAGUGGUAUAUUUGUGAUCGGGCCAAGGAAAUCAUCAAGGUAAAAGGCUGGCAAGUCUCCCCCACCGAGCUGGAAGAAUGCCUCCUCGCGCACCCGCUCAUCCGCGACGCCGCUGUCAUUGGCAUUGAACUGGGGCCGGAUAUGGGUGAUGUUCCGCGCGCGUAUGUUGUUCCCGAGACGCCUGUUUGCUGCUACGUUGCAGACACAGCCUCCAACUCCGACUCCACCAACAAAGACGACAAAGUCGACAAAGGAGACAAAGGAGACAAAGUCGCCAAAGACGACAACGAACCGCACAAACCCGACACCCAAGUCCUCCCCCUCACGCAAGAAGACGUUGCGGCCUGGGUGCGCGACCGCAUGGCGAGCUUCAAGGCGCUGACGGGUGGGGUCGUGUUUGUGGAGAGUAUUCCCAAGGCCGCGAGUGGGAAGGUGUUGAGGGGGGUAUUGAGGGAGAGGGCGAGGGGGGAGGUUGGGGACUUUAGGGGGUAG